AUGCCAUGCAACGUGAUGGAUGAUCUCUUCCGGGCCAGGAUCACCUCCUUACCGGAAGAUGCGUUCUACAUUGCGGAUUUCAUAACGGCAGAGGAAGAGGAGAUCUUGCUGCAGAAGAUAACUACGGCGCCUCUUCCCCGAUGGACUCUCCUCUCGCAUCGUCGUCUGCAGACCUGGCCAUCAGCCCUCACCAAGUCCAAUACGCUGCUAUCGACACCCCUUCCAGCGUGGCUCGUGUCCCCUAUCAUCACCCCUCGCUUCGACUCGCUAGGGAUUUUUGCCGACGCCCCGCACCGCGCCCCCAACCAUGUCCUGGUGAACGAGUAUCGUCCGGGCCAGGGCAUCAUGCCGCAUGAGGACGGUGCCGCCUACUACCCCCUCGUAGCGACGGUGAGUCUGGGAGCACCCAUCGUCCUGGAUCUAUAUUCCAAGGGCGAGCAGCGUGAUGAUGAUGAUGGUCAACGACCGCGAUAUCGGAUUCUGCAGGAGAGACGGAGUCUGUUGAUUACAAGGAAAAAGAUCUACACGGAAUUUCUGCACGGGAUCGCGGAGACGAGCAAGGAUGAAUGCCUGGAUGCGGACUCGAUCUGUAAUUGGGAUUUGCUGCGGGAUCCGGACCGGUACCGAUGUGGUUGGGCGGAAAGAGAGACCCGGAUCAGCCUGACAUAUCGAGAUGUUCUCAAGGUCGCUAAAGUGGGAAAUACGAUGAAAUUUCUCGGGGGGCGGUGA